CCACACGUUUCAGACCGCGGGACUCCCAGGGGAGGCGCACAGCCCGGGCAUGCCCUGGCGUUCCAGGCUCGGAGGACCCAGCCCCCGCAAUGCUUUCCGUUUGUUUCUAGGGCUUUUCCAAACUUUGCCUUCCAAGUCCGGGAGAUCGUGGGCCUUUGCAAGAACCGCGGGCGUCCACAACGGUGCGGAGGCGCGAGGGGCGCGCGAGAUCGCAGACCGGCCGGCGGCGCGCUCAGCGGGGCCCCAGGCUGCGGGCGCGCGGCGGGCGGCCCGGGGCGGGGACUGGCGGGGCCCGGCCCUGCGCCCUCCCGGCGGCCGUGCCCGCGCUCCCCGGCCGCACGACGCCAGGCACAUGGAGGCCCCCGAGGAGCCGGGGCCUCGCGGCCGGAGGACCACCCCCGAGCGUCGCGCGCCGCGCCGCCUGCCGUUGUCCGACUUCCGAGAGGAGCUGCGGGCGCUCCUGGUCCUGGCGGGUCCCGCGUUCUUGGCCCAGCUGAUGGUGUUUCUGAUCAGCUUCAUAAGCUCCGUGUUCUGCGGCCACCUGGGGAAGCUGGAGCUGGACGCUGUCACACUCGCCAUCGCAGUUAUCAAUGUCACUGGUGUCUCGGUGGGAUUUGGCUUAUCUUCUGCUUGCGACACCCUUAUCUCCCAGACAUAUGGGAGCCGGAACUUGAAGCACGUGGGGGUCAUCCUGCAGAGGGGCGUGCUGGUGCUCCUCCUCUGCUGCUUCCCCUGCUGGGCGCUCUUCCUCAACACCCAGCAGAUCCUGCUGCUCUUCAGGCAGGACCCGGAUGUGUCCAGGCUUACCCAGACCUAUGUCACGAUCUUCAUUCCAGCUCUACCUGCAACCUUCCUUUAUGCAUUACAAGUGAAAUAUUUGCUCAACCAGGGAAUCGUACUGCCCCAGAUUGUAACUGGAGUUGCAGCCAACCUUGUCAAUGCCCUCACCAACUAUCUGUUUCUUCAUCAGUUGCAUCUCGGGGUGAUGGGUUCAGCACUGGCAAAUACGAUUUCCCAGUUCACCCUGGCUCUGCUCCUCUUCCUCUACAUCGUUGGGAGGAAACUGCAUCAAGCUACCUGGGGAGGAUGGUCCCUGGAGUGUCUGCAGGACUGGGCCUCCUUUUUCCACCUGGCCAUCCCCAGCAUGCUCAUGCUGUGCAUUGAGUGGUGGGCCUACGAGAUCGGAAGCUUCCUGAGCGGUAUCCUGGGCAUGGUGGAGCUGGGAGCCCAGUCUGUUGUGUAUGAACUGGCCAUCAUCGUGUACAUGAUACCUACAGGCUUCAGUGUAGCUGCCAGCGUCCGGGUAGGGAACGCGCUGGGUGCCGGAAACAUUGAGCAGGCCAAGAGGUCCUCAGCUGUCGCCCUGCUGAUCACAGGACUCUUUGCUGUCAUCUUUUGUGUCCUGCUGUUGAGCUGUAAGGAUCUUGUGGGGUACAUUUUCACUACUGACGGAGAAAUCGUUGCUCUGGUGGCCCAGGUGGUUCCAAUUUAUGCUGUUUCCCAUCUCUUCGAAGGCCUUGCUUGUACCAGUGGUGGCAUCCUGCGGGGAAGUGGCAAUCAGAAGAUUGGCGCCAUCGUGAAUGCCAUUGGGUAUUAUGUGGUUGGUCUCCCCAUCGGGAUUGCGCUGAUGUUUGCGGCCAGACUCGGAGUGGUUGGUCUGUGGUUAGGGAUCAUCAUCUGUGCAGUCUCUCAAGCUGUGUGUUUUCUAGGAUUUGUUGCUCGGCUAAAUUGGAAAAAAGCCUGUCAACAGGCUCAGGUACAUGCCAAUUUGAAACGAAAGGCACCGGAUGGGACUUCUGCUUUCUCUCAGGACCUGCUUGACCCAGUGGACCCUGAAAACCAUGGAGGAAUUUUAAUGGGAGAUAUCGAAAAAAAAGAUGAGACUCAGCUGGAUCAGCAGAUGCACCAAGAAGAAUGUCUUCAGGUCCAUCCAAGGGACACAACGAAGUUGUCCGGGAGACAGUUGGUGCUGCGGCGAGGGCUCCUGCUUCUGGGGGUUGUCUCAGUCUUGCUGUUGGGGAUCUUAGUGCGAGUAUAUGUCAGAAUUCAGUGAUGUGGCAAGAGAGAGCUAGGCAGGUCAAGAGAUGCUUUCCAGCUUACAAAUAAAUAAUUCAGAAGCCCAACAGUGGCAGUUCGUUUCAGUUAACGUAAUUCAGGAGUGCCCAUGGAUUUCAAGACUUGAGUGUUCAAAGAUGUAUUUUCUAAUGAAGAAAAGGAACUAAGGUAAAACCUAUGUUCUAGUCCAAGACUAUGUCUCAAAGGCUACACUGUCUCAACGAAGGACCGCUGUGUACUGACUGCAUCCUGCUAUAGCUUUGACAUUUCUUCUGCUGUUUAGACACGAGCCCAUGUACUGAGUGCUUAAGGAUUCUUACUAUCUGA